UUUCAGAAAUAGGAGUACCUGGGCCUCCUGGGAAACAAGGUGCACAAGGAAUGAGAGGAUAUCCUGGUCAAGCUGGAACUCCUGGGUCAAAAGGAUAUAAAGGAGACCCUGGAAAAACAGGACGUGUUGGACCUCUAGGGUUCACUGGGUCUUCAGGACCAAAAGGUCAAAUGGGAGAUCCUGGAAAGAGCGGUAAAACCGGUCAAAUCGGACCUGAUGGACCUCCUGGCCAAACUGGACCUAUGGGACAAAGUGGUGCCCCCGGAAUGGACGGAGCUGAUGGACCACCUGGUGCUAAUGGUUCAAAGGGAAAACAAGGAGAAAAAUGACCUCCUGGACCCUCUGGAAUCUCUGGACUAACUGGGCCACUUGGGCCAAAUGGUCCGAGAGGACCAUCUGGGUCAACAGGAGAAAUGGGACCGACUGGACCAAAAGGAGCAAAGGGAUAUGCUGGUGACACAGGAGAUCAAGGAAACACAGGACCUAGUGGGGAUUCUGGAUCAACAGGGCCAACUGGACCCAUUGGUCCUAAAGGAGAUACUGGUCCUCCGGCCCAAUGUCCACCAUGCCCGGACGGAUAUUCUUCAUUAGAUGACCAAACUGUUAGUUCUAAUUGUUACUUCUACAGUGAAAAUAGAGUCGAAACGUGGGAUACU